AUGGUGAAGAGACUAAGUGAAAUAAACAGGACUUCUGUGUUUGCGUGGAGUCCUGGUCAACAAACUCCUCUCAUUGCUGCAGGCACAGCUGCUGGUGCUUUAGAUGACUCUUUCUCCAACACGUCCGAGCUCGAACUUUUCAAGCUCGAUUUGACCGCUUCAUCUUCGAACGGUCUCGUUUCUGCUGGCAAGAUUUCUAGUAACGCUAGAUUCAACAAAUUAGCAUGGGGUAACGUUUCUGAAGCUCGACCACAUGGCGUCAUUGUCGGUGGUCUCGAAAACGGUGAACUUACGUUGUGGGAUCCCAGCAAGAUGCUAGAUGGAAAAAACGAUGAAGACGCGAAAAUUCUAUCAAACAACACGCAUACCGGCCAAAUUCGCGGCCUUGACUUUAACAAGUUUCAACUGAAUUUGUUAGCUUCGGCUGGCAGCAACAACGAAAUUUAUAUUUGGGAUAUCUCGAAACCCGAAAAGCCCUACACCCCUGGGCCUAAAUCACAAAAAAUGGAUGAUAUCACAAGCGUUGCAUGGAACGGUCAGGUUCAGCACAUUUUAGCUACCACUUCAUCGACUGGUCAUACUGUCGUAUGGGAUCUUCGUAACCGUAAAGAAGUUAUGACACUUACGGCACCAAACUUAGGAGGCUUUGCCUCUGGACAAAGAAGUAUUUCAUCCGUUGUUUGGCACCCUGAUGUUGCUACGCAACUUGUCACUGCUUCCGAAGACGAUUCUAAUCCAGUAGUAACACUCUGGGAUUUACGUCAUGGUCAUUCUCCUGAGAAAACACUCGCUGGUCAUACUAAAGGCGUUCUUGAUGUAUCGUGGUGUCGUCAAGACUCUGAUCUUCUGAUGUCUUGUGGCAAAGAUUGCAAGACGCUUAUUUGGAACCCUAACAGUGGUGAACUCCUUGGCGAUUUGGCUCAAGAUACAAAUUGGACGUUCCAAGCUGAAUGGUGCCCUCGAAAUCCAGACCUUUUGGCAACUGCGUCGUUUGAUGGAAAGAUUAGCCUUUAUUCACUUCAAAACACAGAAUCUGAAGACUCCUCGAAAGUCGGUAGCACUGACGCUGCUGCUGUUGAUAGUGAUCCUUUCACUGCUGCUAUGAACGCUGCUGCAUCUGCCACUGCUUCUAGCUUUGCUUUGAGACAUCCUCCUAAGUGGCUUCGCUGUCCUGUCGGUGCUUCAUUUGGCUUUGGUGGUAAACUUGUUUCCUUUAACAACAAGACUCAAGCAUCUGCACAAGUUAAUACCAAAGGUCAGCCUGGUCAACCUGCAGCACCACAACCUGUCAAACGCAGUGUUCACAUCAAUUCCGUUGUCACUGAUAAAGAAACUGUCAAGCGCUCUGAUGAACUCGAGAUCGCUUUAGAACAACAAAGCAUUGAACAAUUGAUCGAAGAACGUGUUCAACAAGCAAAAGAGAAGGACGACAAAGAGAGUUGGGAAGUCAUCAAAACUUUAUUAGCCGAGAAUGCUAGGGAGCAAUUGAUGAAUUAUCUUGGUUUUCAAAAAUCAGAAAUCGUUGCUGCUGUUGCGAAAGCUACUGCUGGUAGGAACGAGGAAUCAGCAAUAGAUGAAGAUAGUAAGCCUGAGGAAGUAAAAGAUGAGGGCAAAGAAGAAAUUGAAGCUGAGGAAACAUCUGGAGCUCCAGAUAAAGAGGAAGCUGAUGUUGACAAACCCGAAGAAGAAACGGAAGAAGCUGAUAAUUCCACAUCCAACUUAUUUGGAGAUGAUGCAGGUGAUGAAUUUAUUAUCAAAACAGAUGAUUCAGCAGUGCCUGUUGAAGAACAACCUCAAAAUGAAGGAACGCCCGCUGCUGUUAUCGCUGCCGCUGUUAGUCGUGAACCGCUUCAAUUAUAUUCUGAAAACAGUUCUGACGUUGACCGGUUGAUAACACGUGCCGUUAUCUUGGGUGAUUUUGAAUCUGCUGUUAACGUUUGUCUCGCAAACGAACGGUUCUCUGAUGCCCUCCUGUUUGGUAUCUGCGGCGGCGGCGAUCUUUUGGCUCGUACUCAACGUGCUUAUUUUGAACACCAAUCGAAGACAGUUUCCUACUUACGUCUGUUGGAUAGAAUUAUUGACGAAGACCUGAAUUCUAUCGUAGCUACUGUUGCAUUGGAGGAAUGGACCUCUGCUAUUGUCGUAUUAUGUACUUUCGCUAAAACUGAAGACUUUAGACCUCUCUGUGAGGCUUUAGGCGCUCGUUUGGAAGAAGCUUACAGUAAUAACGUAGGUGAUAAAGCUAAGGAUUACCGUCGUCAUGCUACCUUAUGUUAUCUUGCUGCUGGGAACCUUGAAAAAGUAGCACGUACAUGGAUUGCAGAGCAAGAAGAGGAAGCACAAAAGGUGGAAUGUAAAUCAGCUAAGGCGUCAACUCUUCAAGAUUUGAUUGAAAAGGUUACCAUUUUUCGUAAAGCAAUUGGCUUUGAAGACCCCGAUCUUUUUGAAACCUCUACAACUAAGAUGUCGUACGAGUACCCUCUUUCUCCCCUUUAUGACAAGUACUGUGAAUAUGCUGAGCUCUUGGCGUCCCAAGGCAAGCUAACUGCGGCUUUGACUUAUUUGAACUUAACACCUAUGGUAUAUCGCAAAGCAACUUUCGACAGAUUAUCAAUCAUUCGUCAUAGAGUUUAUGAAGCUUGCACCGCCAGCAUUGCUAGCCAAUUUGCUCAGCCAUCUAUGCCUUUUGAAAAUAAGGAUAUCGGAUCAACCCAUUCUAACUAUGAUGCUACACAAGCUGCUCAAGAUUAUUCACAACCUCAAAAACAAACCUAUCAGCAAAACGAUACUUAUCAACAAACUGCUUAUCAACCUUAUCAGCCUCCUGUCCCUCAACCUUAUCAGCAAAAUGCGUACCAGCCCUACCAACCUGCUGUUUCCACUGCGUCCACCACACCUUAUUCACCCCAACCAUUAAAUGCUUCUACAAACACGACUGCACCUACUAAUGCUUACCAGCCCCGCCCAAGCAUUCCUGCCCCUCCACCUAUUGCCGGUGCCGCUUCCUCUCAACAACCCCUUCCACCACCACCCAAAAAGGCUGAAGGCGCUUGGAACGAUCCACCUAUGGCUUUGGCAUCAGCUGCUUCUAAGAAAUUGAAGAGCCCUACUAUGGCUUCCACACCAGCCAAGCGUGUUACUUCGCCUUUCCCUAAUCAACCUGCACCCUCUUCUUUUGUCAAUCAGCAACCGCCAUCAAUGAUGAUGCAACAACAAAAUGUAUUACCACCUCCACCUAGAAAUGCAAUGCCUCCACAAAGACAAAACAUCCCUCCACCCCCUAAAAAUGCGGUCCCCCCACCACCUAUGAGUCGUGGUCCUCCACCUCAACAGCAUCAAGGUCCACCCAUGUCGGGUCCAGCAUCUUCGAUGCAUAAUGGUCCUUCAAUGAACACUCCUGCCAUGGGUGGUCCUCCUAUGAGCGGUCCUCCUAUGAGUGGCCCUCCUAUGAGCGGUCCUCCUAUGAGUGGCCCUCCUAUGAGCGGUCCUCCUAUGAGUGGCCCUCCUAUGAUGGGUUCUCACAUGUCCGGUCCCCCUCGUGGCGGUCCUUACCAGACUCGCUAA